UCCUUCUUUUUGAGAUGAUGUCAAUCGAAUUCCUUCUUUUUGAGAUGAUGUCAGUCGGAUUUCUCUAGUGCGAUUCAUGGUGCAAGUUGGAUGCUUUAUCCAACGUUGGAGACAUUAUUGGGUAUAUUUUGCAAACUAACCUAGGUUUGACCACUCAAGGUCAAUUACCUGUUCCUUUGACUUCUCAUUUCUCCGAGAUAUGUGCUUGUCCUAAAUGAUUGAAUCAUAGUAUAUCCGUGACAGAUCGCUUAGACAACACGUGCAAUAUACAUAUCUGGGCAGUUGGGCCUGUCCAAGCUGCCUUCUGGAUCACUAUCACCAAAUCGCUCCUAUAGUCCUAUCCCUUUCAUCUAACUACCAUCGGGAUAUUAAAUUGAGUCCAGAAAUGGUCCUGCCGUGCAAGCAAACCAUUAGUGUUCCCCCAUGGGAUAAAGCGUGUGACUAUGCAAAUCUCUCGGCACAGAUUGUCGCUUAUCUGGUUAAGAAUCUUGUAUUUCUUUUCUCUUUCUCCUUUUCUAUUCACCACACAUGUUGAGGUCACGAUGCAAAUCAUGACACAGGGUUUUGUUUUAAUGUGGCACUACCAAACGAAAUGGAUAAGGAAAGGGGUAUAUUUUCAGGAUAAUUGCCAUAGUUUCAUUGUCGUAGAUAUCUGUUCCUCAUGCCCAUAAUAAGAAUUAUGAUUGAUACUUUGCCCUGUGAUGAUCUUUUUGUAAGAAAAGAAAAUGUCCAUCUGAUAAUAAGGCCUUCAAUUCAUUUGACUGAAUGAUAAGGGCUUAGUUAUCCUCUCUAACUGUAACUUUUUAAGAUACUACGGGUACAGAUAUUAUGCAUGACCAUGAAUGCUGGAGUGCUGUGCAAUCCCCAAUCUGUCUGAAAUUCUUGCACCCAAGCAAAGCUCUACCUGCUUGCGGCACUUCAGAUGUGGACCUUUUUUGCAGGUUUUCGGAGCUGGACAUGUCAUCCCUUCACUUGUUGAUUAAAUUUCCAAUGUGAUAGAGAUUUUGCACCCUGUGUCCUCCACAAGAGUUACUUAGUAGAGACGCACGUUGAAACUUGAAAGGGCUUCCAAGACAAGUGAAGCUCAGCCUUCAGUUGCUUCCCACGCUUCACCAACUGAACAAGCUUCACUACUUGUGCUGAAGCUCUACGGAGAGCAGACUUCCCUCCAGGUUUUGUCUUUGGCACUGCUUCUUCAGCUUACCAGUAUGAAGGCGCUGUCAACGAGGGUCAACGUGGACCUACAAUAUGGGAUACUCUCACAAGACGACCUGGACGGGUGAUAGAUUUCAGCAAUGCAGAUGUUGCUGUUGAUCACUACCAUCGUUACAAGGAAGAUGUGGACUUGAUGAAGGACAUUGGCAUGGAUGCGUACCGGUUCUCUAUCUCAUGGUCACGUAUCUUUCCAAGUAUGUAGUAAAUGGGACUGGUGAACCUAAUGAAGAAGGAUUGAAUUACUAUAACAGCCUCAUAGAUGCUGUAUUAGACAAAGGUAUGCAACCAUAUGUAACACUCUUUCACUGGGACCUUCCGCAAGCACUAGAAGACAGAUAUGGUGGAUGGUUAAACUCCCAAAUCGUGGAUGAUUUUGUUCACUAUGCCUCUACUUGCUUCAAGGAAUUUGGAGAUAGAGUGAAACACUGGAUCACUUUUAACGAGCCCCAUAAUUUUGCGAUUGAAGGCUAUGACCUUGGUAUUCAAGCACCUGGGAGAUGUUCCAUUCUGUCUCACAUGUUCUGCAGGGAUGGUAAAUCAUCAACUGAACCAUACAUUGUAGCUCACAACAUCCUCUUAGCACAUGCUGGUGCUUUUCAUACUUACAAGCAGCAUUUCAAGAAUGAACAAGGAGGUCUCAUUGGAAUCGCGCUUGAUUCAAAAUGGUAUGAACCAUGGACAGAUGUCGAUGAGGACACACAGGCAGCAGCACGAGCAAUGGACUUUGAGCUUGGAUGGUUCCUGGAUCCCUUAAUGUUUGGCCACUAUCCUCCUUCUAUGCAGAAACUUGCAGGCGAUAGGCUGCCUCAGUUUUCAACUCAGGCUUCGAAGUUAGUAUCGGGUUCGCUAGAUUUUGUGGGCAUAAACCACUAUACCACAUUGUAUGUUAGGAACGACAGAAUGCAAAUCAGAAAACUUGUAAUGAAUGAUGCUUCAACUGAUUCUGCGACCAUACCAACUGCGUACAGGCAUGGAAAGAGAAUAGGAGAAACGGCAGCAUCAAGAUGGCUGCACAUAGUUCCCUGGGGUAUGUUCAAACUGAUGAAGCACAUCAAAGAAAAGUAUGGAAAUCCACCUGUGAUCGUCACUGAAAACGGCAUGGAUGACGCAAACCUCCCAUUUUCGAGAUUAGAGGAUGUUCUGCAGGAUGAUAAAAGGAUACGGUACCACAACGACUACAUGUCGAACCUCCUAGAUGCUAUAAGGAAGGAAGGCUGCAACGUCCAUGGCUACUUCGUAUGGUCGCUGCUCGAUAACUGGGAGUGGAACUCUGGGUACACGGUGAGGUUUGGUCUCUACUACAUCGACUACAACAACAACCUGACGAGGAUUCCCAAGGCAUCUGUCGAGUGGUUCAGCCGGUUCUUAGCCCAGGAGACGGCUAUAAUUUAGAUAAUCUGGAGUAAGCUGAAGCCUGACUAACAGUGAGAUUCUACGAUUGCCAUUAGUUAGGUGUACAUAGCACAACUGCCAUUUGUACAUGCGUACAUACAUGCCUUAGGUGUAGGUUGUGAUUAUUUCUCGAUGUAUGUAACUACCAUUUGCGCGACCUUCAACGAACGCUGUUGAAUGUACCGCUCUGCUUGUUCUGCAUUGAUAUGUACUACACAGAUCAACAAGAAUGUGAAUUGCAGUGCCCAAACACUGCAUCCUCUAUGUUAAUGCAGCCUGCUAGUGCUACCAUUUCUCCA